AAUGCCACCCACCCCUGGUCCCCCAUGUCAGACAGCGCAGAUCGGGCUUCCAGUUUCCAAACCUGAUAUGAUCUCCCAGCUGGAACAAGGGAAAGAGCCGUGGGUUGAAGAUUGCCAGGGCUCUGAGGAAAGAGAGCUCCAGAAAGGUGCCCAGACAGGUGAUCAGAUGGUGAAUGAGAAUGAGGAGCAGAAUCCACAGCAGGAAUAUGCUAAGCAAGUUGUACCACAUGUGACAUUAGCAGGAAGGUCCAAAGGCAAAGUUUCUUGGAUUUGUGCAGAGACAAGAGCCUGUGUGAGUCAGCAUAGGCCAAAGAAAAGCUUCAGUAUAUUAUCAGACAUCUGACUUUAUUAGACAUGAAAGA